UACACCUCCCCUCCAGGCCACAGUCGGCUGGCCGUGUCCCCGCCCUCGCGUCAACUGCAGGGGGCCCGCCCAUAGCCAGUUCCGGGGCGGUUGCUCUGAUAGCCCUGAACUCCCCGCCCCCUCCUGCAGCCCGGGGCCUGUAGGAGGCCUCAGAAAGGAGGCGCUGAACUGGGCAUUUGACGAGCAUCACUUCUUAAUCCUCAGAACAUUCCAGGGAGUGGGCUGCUCCUCUCUAGUUUUCCAGGGUCCCAUCUCCUGGGCCAUGAGUGAGCUGAAGGACUGCCCAUUGCAAUUCCAUGAUUUCAAGUCUGUGGACCACCUGAAGGUCUGUCCCCGAUACACAGCAGUGCUGGCCCGCUCUGAGGACGAUGGGAUUGGGAUUGAGGAGCUGGACACCCUGCAGCUAGAGCUUGAGACCCUGCUGUCCUCUGCUAGCCGGCGGCUGCGUGUGCUGGAAGCUGAAACCCAGAUCCUUACUGACUGGCAGGAUAAGAAAGGUGACCGACGAUUCCUGAAGCUGGGUCGAGACCAUGAGCUUGGUGCUCCUCCAAAACAUGGGAAGCCCAAGAAGCAGAAACUGGAAGGGAAGGCAGGACAUGGGCCAGGUCCUGGCCCAGGACGACCCAAAUCCAAAAACGUUCAACCCAAGAUCCAGGAAUAUGAAUUCACUGAUGACCCAAUCGACGUGCCUCGGAUCCCCAAGAAUGAUGCUCCCAACAGGUUCUGGGCCUCUGUGGAGCCCUACUGUGCCGAUAUCACCAGUGAGGAGGUCCGAACACUAGAGGAGCUCCUGAAGCCCCCUGAAGAUGAAGCUGAACAUUACAAGCCUCCUGCCUGCUGCAUUUCCCCUGCAGACACUGAGGCUCAGCUGUCUGUCCCCAGUGGUGCAUGUGGCAGUGAAGUCCAUCCUGAAAAUAUUAUUUCCCCUAUGGAGGACUCUCCUAUUCCUGACAUGUCUGGGAAAGAGUCAGGGGCUGAUGGAGCAAGCACCUCUCCCAGAAACCAGAACAAACCCUUCAGGUGAGUGCCAUCCCAUCUGCACUCCAGGCUUGACUGUCAGCUUCUGUCUUCUCACGGGGACACAUCUUUGCCAAGGAGUGCCAGCUGCAGCUGGGAUUGUGAGGAGGCACGGUCCGAAAGAAGGAGGAGACAAACUCUGGGAUGAGGUAACCAUGACACUUGCCCCCCCUCCCCCCCCACCAGGUUGGCGAAGGAAGAGGUGAGCCGGCAGGAGCUGAGGCAGCGGGUCCGCAUGGCCGACAAUGAGGUCAUGGAUGCCUUUCGCAAGAUCAUGGCUGCCCGGCAGAAGAAACGCACCCCCACGAAGAAGGAAAAGGACCAGGCCUGGAAGACUCUGAAGGAGCGGGAGAGCAUUCUGAAGCUCCUAGACGGGUAGCUUUGCCUGCUGUUGGCCACUUCCCUGGCCUGGCAAAAGUCCACUUCCUUUGAAGCCGUUGCUGGGGGCUGCCCAUCAAAUGACAACAGUCUCAGGGCUGAAAUACUCUCAGGCCACUCUCUGAGCUUUUGUGCAGCCAGCAUGCAAGGCCUUACUGUGCAGGCCUGGACCUCGCAUCUGCCUGGGGCCCCAGAUGAGCGGGCUUGUUCCUGGCUGUCCCUUUUCCUUCUUCAGCCUCUCGACACCUUCCCCUCGAGGACUUCUUCCUUGUGGGUUUGUAAAGUACAGAAUAAAGUGACUGCUGUGUUUUGUUUUUAAAAAAAUUUCAAAAACACCUACA